ACACAUACAUGGCGACUGCACUCUGCAUCGCGGCGGCGGUCACCGCCUUCAGCGGCGCGUCGUCCGCGUCGGGCGUGGUGCAGCGGCGCGCGCCUCUCGCUGCCGUCUCGAUGGGCGGCAACAAGAAGGUGUACUCUUUUGAGGGCGUCGACGGCGGCCUGCUCGAGGCGCGGGAGGUCUCCAUCACGAAGCCGCCCGUGUACCUGCUCACGCGGCUAAACGAGAUGAAGGUGGCGACGGGGCUUGCGGAGAGCGGCUUGCUCUCCGCUGCCGAGGAGGCGGGCGUCUUCUCCAAGCUGGAGAGCGCCGGCGCCUUCAGCACCGCAGAGAAGCUCCUGCCGCUGGUCGAAAAGUUCAAACUGCUGUCGCUCUUCGAGGAGCUGCUCGAGGUGGAGGCGGGGCUGCUCUUCACCGCGGCCAACUUCCUGAUCGUCUUCACCCCCGUCGUGCUCACGCUCCAGAUCUGCGGCUUCGUCCCCUUCCCGCAGGGCCCCGUCAUCCCAGUCGAGGCGCUUGCGUGCCUCUCGACGGGCGCCGCCGGCUUCGCGCUCUUCGCGACGGCCUUCAUCAUCGGGAACCUGCAGGAGGAGCCCGCCUCGUUCCAGCAGUGAAACGCUUGCCGGUUUGACACCAUGACAGGGCUGCGCCCAGUUCUACCAGCGAUCGUCUCGCGCCAGCCGGUGGUUAUGAAAUAGUGGGGUAGGCGUUGCUCGUUUGACGUUUGUCUCGCGAGGGGCUUUCAGAGAGACGCUUUUUGUGCAUGUGUUGUGAGAGUUGCCGCGCAGACU